AUGGCCUCCUUCCUCCCCGUCAACACCUCUUCCCCCGAGGACCACGCCAUGGACGGUGCGACGACUCCUCGUGCCAACCCUAAUGGGGUGCCGGUCACCCCGGAACAUUCUUCCAUCGCAGAUUCACGCCCGGACGCCUCCAACGAAGGCCUGUCGCGGGCCCCGUCCUCUGGUCACGCCAGGAACACCUCAUCGUCUGACGACCACAUGCAUGAUGACUCCGAAGGAGAUAACGAUACCGACCACGAGGGCGAGCCGGGCAGUGCGCCGCCGUCGAAGAAGAAGAAGGGUCAACGCUUCUUCUGCACGGAUUUUCCUCCCUGCAGCCUGAGUUUCACUCGCAGUGAACACCUCGCCCGACACAUUCGCAAACAUACUGGCGAGCGCCCUUUUCAAUGUCAUUGCUCGCGCCGCUUCUCCCGACUCGAUAACUUGCGGCAGCAUGCCCAAACCGUGCAUGUGAAUGAAGAGAUCCCCGGUGAUUCGUUGGCGGCGACGGGUACUCGAUUCCAACGCCAGGUGCGUACGGAUCGUGUACGCCCACCCGGCCGUGCUCGAGCAGGUACAGGAGGCAGUGCGGGCGGUCACAGCCGUGGCCACAGUAGAAAUCUGUCGACCUCAAGUAUCACAUCCACAGCAUCUACCUUCAGCCAACCCCCGGAACUUCGGCGACGACCCCCGCCCCUCAUGAUGGCCAACGACCCAACGGCCCGAGCUCGCUUAGGGCUGGAUCCGAUGGGAGAGCCUCCGAGUACGCCGCCAGGCCAGAUUCGUGGCAUUCCUGGGGCGGCUCAAUCGCCAUACACCCCGUCCAAUGUCUUCUCAGCCGGCCCGGGUGCCAGCCCGCAAUAUGCCUCUCCCAUGUCCUCUGUAUCCCAUGGUUUCUGGGAGGGUAGGACCGCCGCUCGUCGUCUUUCCGUCCCCACCAGCAGCAACCCAUUCGUCCCGCAGCCCGGCAGCGCAUAUCCUCCAGCAUAUGUCAACGCGCCCGCUGGACCCCCGUACCCGCCGAGCGCGGCCGGUGUCUUUGCGAGCCCUACUAGCAGUAACUACCCCUCGUCUCGUGACGAAAAUGCCAUCAGCGCAGCCGAGGCAGAAAUGCGGAGACGAACAUGGCAUCCUUCAACAUAUCCUGCAUUUGGCCGGCCAGGAACCAGUGGCCUAAGCCAAUUCCAUACCCCCGACACCGUCCAGGCACCGAUCAGUGGAAACAACAACAACUCUGAACAUCAAACCCGACUCCCUGGAAUUGAAAGUUUCGAUAAAGUUGUUUCUCAACAACGACCUUUGACUCCACCGACCCGCAAGGCGAGCCCUAUGCAAAUCGAUAGUCACCAUCGACAUCCUCCAGGCCAUGGCUUUGGACCUGGCUACAACUAUAACCAACCGUCGGUGCGCCCGGCGCCUCCAAUUUCCGGACCUGGUCACCGUCGAGGUCAUGUUUCUUGGGACAUGUCUCUGCAUCACAAUCUUACAGGUCUUGACAUCCGAGAUCGACGAGCUUCCCGUGAUGCAUCCCAAUGGAGCCAGCAGACCAUUGCAGAGCUCCAAAAUGUUUCCUCUCGGCCCUCUUCCUCGUACCAGCCAGCUUUUGGUCCUACGGCGGAGAGAAGCCCCGAGGAAAACCGUGGUCACGCACCCAGUCUUUCGACUAGCAGUCGGCCAAACCACACAUCCCCGGAAGACUCGAGCAGCAGUGAGGGCGUUCACACUCCAUCCACGGCAUCCGUUGAGUACCACCCAGCGAUUGUGCACAGCAGCGGGUAUAUUGAAUCGAAUGAUUCUUCGCUGCCAUCCGACCAUCCUCAGCCGAUCUGUGAUCGACAAUCUCCUCACACCGACGGCUACCCGGGUCACGCUGAGCGAGAGCCCCGAACUGGUGUCUUCUCCGACUCGUCCGCACGGGAAUCCGGUAUGGGCCGGUUGGAGGCCCUGGUGGCCGUCGCGACGAGCGAGAACAAAGGAGCAGCCAAGCUGUUCCUGUAA